UAGGGCUUACCUUUGGCAAAACCGUUUUGCAUGUACAGUAAAUCUUGUUGAAAAAUGGGGUAACUCAACUCUUUUAUUCCCAUUAUGCAGGAUAAUUAUAUUUUUAAAUUAUCUGAUGAUUAUGUAAAAUUUGAACCUGUCAGUAAUGAUAAUAUUGUAUUUUUUGAUGACCAUAAUCAACAGGUGUUUAUUUUAAAAAAUGAUGGAUCUCAAGGAAUUGAAGUCAAAAGCCCGACAUCACAUUUCAAACUUAAUCUAACGCUUGAAGAUGUAACCAACAUCAAAUCGAUUAAACUUUCACCCAGCUCUGACAUAUUGGCUUUGCAGCGAUGUGGAAAUUCAGUAGAGUUUUUCGUCUUUGACAAUGAAGAUACAAAAUCAGUGUUUACUCAAACUUGCAAGAGCAAAACCAGCACUAUAAUUGGAUAUGUUUGGACCAGUGGAAAUGAAAUCGUUUUCGUUACAGAUUCUGGUGUUGAAUAUUUUGAAAUCAAUAGAACCAGAAAUUGCUGUAGACAUCUUAAAAGUUUUAAUAUCACUAUUAAUUGGUUCAUCUACCAGCCUGUUUCAUCAUUCCUGAUACUCUCUUCAAGUCAAAAUGGAAACUUGCUCCAACCAUUUCAUUUCAAAUCUUCGACUAUGUAUAAAUUAACCAAGUUUGAGGUAGAAUGGUCAGCUAAACUGAAAAAUCAGCGACCUUGUCUUUAUGAACGAGAUGUAGCUGUAGUCAACCUUUAUAAUCAAACAUUUUUACUCGUUUUACAACAUGAGGCUGUUACCAAAGAGGAAAAAGGAUCUCAAAUUUCAAUUUAUACUUUACAAAAGGAAGGGCCUGCUAGGAAAACGCAUAUACUUCAAUUACGUCUAACUGGUCGAUUUGCUAUUAACAUUGUAGAUAAUCUUGUUGUUGUUCAUCACAAAACUUCACAAGCAUCAUUAAUGUUUGACAUUAAAUCUCCCUCCGGUCAAAUUCAAUCUGGAAUAACUUAUCUUUCACCAAUUCUUCAACCAAGUCCUAUUGAACCGUUUGAAGUUGAUGAUUCAACUUUGUGUGAGCUUUAUUCAACCAAUUGGGCUAUAUUUCAACCAGAUAUUAUUAUAGACGCAAAGCUUGGUUAUUUUUGGAAAUUGAAAGUCAAUUUAAUACCAAUUUGCUCAAUGAUGUCAAAUGAUGGUCUAUUACUUGAUUUCCUUCUGCCAAGAAGUAAUUCAAAACAAGUUAUACUUAACCUAUGUAAAGAAGAAGUGUGUCGACGACCCAAGGAAUUCUCUAAUAUUAAUCAUCUUGGUAAAAUUGGUUUCAUAUUUAACAAAUUGAAUAGCAUCUAUCGAGAUAAUGGAGAAUCGUCAAAAAGUCUAAUAUGUAAACAAAUUGUCGAAAACGAUGCAAAAACUUCACCUUAUAUCGAUCAGACUGAUAUGUUUUCUUCAGUAUUUUCAGUUUUUGAAGUUAAAUCCGAGGACUCUAAUGAAAAUUUUGUCGUCUCUGUUUUAUUUGAGUAUAUUUAUUCACUCAACCGUUACAAAAUUCCUGUUCAGUAUUUAAUUUAUGAACUUUUAAUCAAUGUUCUGGUUCGCGGAAAAAAAUUCUAUCUUCUACAUCAAUUUUUACAAUAUCAAGUUUUAACACCUUCCAAGCAAUUAGCAUGUUUGCUGUUAUCACUGCAGCCUCAUUAUCCUCAUGCAACUCAACUGGCUCUUGAUAUGUUUCAGCUUCUUCAAGUUUCUCAGGAACAUGUCAUUGAUAUCCUUUUGUCUCGUUAUGAUAUUUUCCGAGCAAUAAGGUUUAUUCAGAACAACGGUAAUCCUGAAACAAUUUCAGCUAAAAAAUUUCUCGAAGUUGCAUUAUCAUCUGGAGAUGAUCAAUUAUUUUUCAAUACAUUCCGAUUUUUCGAGCAACGAAAUUUCCGUCUAAGAGGAUCACCAACAUUCCUUGAAAGUGAUUUAUGUGAACCUUUUGUUGGAAAAUUUGAAGAAAUGUUUGGCAAAUCAUCAAGUUUUUGAUAUCAAGAGAUCUUAAGAUUAAUUGGUAUGAUAAUCCGAAUUCAACAAAUUUUAGCUUUGGUGCUUCCAAAUCAAAUCAAUGAAGUGAUAUAUUUAUACAACCGAAAUUAUUUAGAAGCAAAAAUUUUGCAAUUUCUGGGGUUUUUUAAUAAUUUAUUGAAUAAUAACUGUUAUUUUAUUUAUUAGUACAACUGUAUCAAUCUAUAAUUAUUCGGCCAUGUAAGAUUAAAAAGAAAAAUAGAAAAAUAAAAUUGAAUGAAUGAUUUUAA